AUGAUUUAUGCUUACACCACGGACACUAUCUCUUAUCAAUGGUGUUCAUCGUUUGAUCCCAACUGUGCUAAUGCUGUUCAGACGGGUCCCGUUGAAUUGCCAUCAUACCGAUUUUCGGAUGUAUGUGUCAAUCGUACAAUGGCAACAACAUCUUCAGGUUCUUACUCACGAUUAUGGGUGAUGUUCAUAUUCGAUCGGGAGAGUGGUUUUUACAUGUUACAAAUAUUUGUUCCUGCUGCUUUAGUAGUAGUGAUCUCUUGGGUAUCAUUCUGGAUCUCACGUGAUUCCGCUCCUUCUAGGACAGUCAUAGGUGUCAUGACUGUCCUCACUGAAACUCACUUGAUGACGGGAACGAAUAGAAGAUUACCACCUGUUGCCUAUGUCAAAGCUGUGGACGUUUACUUAGGUUUCUGCUAUUUGUUAGUAGUUUUGGCUUUGAUUGAAUAUGCCGGAGUCGCCUAUUCAAAAAAAAAGAACGAAGAUCGACGGCGAAGAGAGAAAAAGACAGAAGUCAAGCCAGCAGAGCCUACUCCUGAUCUUUUGAAUGAUGUUCGUCUUGCUGAAUGCACGUGCAACACCGUAGGAACAUCUAUAAUCGCAGUCGUAAAACAUCCAAAUCAACAGUUUUGUGUGAAACACAGCCAUAUUGACAUCGCCAGUCGAAUCAUUUUCCCAGGCAGCUUUCUGAUCUUCAACAUCGUUUUUUGGGUUGUUUUGUUGGCGAAGGCGGACCGUCUGCCGUAUUUUUCUGAAAUGGAAUCUGCUCAUCGAUGUCCAACAGAUUUGGCUUUGAAAAACGCCUGA